UGAGGCGAUGGCGGGGAGCGGAGUGUGGCUGCGGGCGCGGGCGCGGCUGCGGCGCUUCCCGGCGGCGCUGGCGGCCUGCGGGGACCAGGCCGCGGCCUACGGGCGGUGCGUGGCGGCGGCGGCGGGCGGAGCGGCGGAGCUGCGGCGGGACGCGUGCCUGCAGGAGUUCCAGGCGCUGCGGGAAUGCUUCGCCCGGGCGGCAAAGGCGACACCGACGUGACCCCGGAGCCGCCCCCGCCUGGAGACGCCCGGGGACAGUAAAAGCCUCAAAUCCACCGGUUUGUCCUCAGCUGACGGAACCCCCCCGAGCCCCGGAGCUGCUCACCCGCUCCCCGGCCCGGAGGAGGUGCAGCCCCGGGCUGGGUGAGGGUCACAGAUCUAUCUUUAUUUAUUAAAAAGAAGAACAUAAUUCAGA